AUGGUUGUAAUUCAAGACAACGAUGAUGAAAAUGUUGCUAUUAAUCUUGUCAAUGAGCUUUGCGAUGUAUUGCGUCAAUCAUUUGAUCAGAAAGCAAAAGGAAUCAUUGAACAAUGUGUUGAAAAUGAACAAGUGAGACUGAACCGGUACUCCAUCAUGAAAGAGCUUGAUGAUGAAGUCUACGAGGCUACAGAUGAUUGGCUUCUACAUUAUGUUCUUCAUCCAAACGAAGCAAUCAUCGAACGAUUCGAUGAACGAUGGGGAGAAGUCGAAACAAAAACUCAACAACGGCUCAAAAUCAUUAUGAAUUCGCAUUUAGAAAUAAUAGCUGAAUUCUUUCACACAAUAGAAGCAAUGAAAAAUGUUUUCACAUUAAAAUGUGGCGAUUCAUUGACUUUUGUUAAUGAUCUAUUCGAACCGGCUAGUAGAGAUGUUAAUCCAAAUCUACUCGAUAAGAAAUUAUGUAUGGCUACACUUAUUUAUCAAUAUUUUUCAGAAGAAUCUAUGUCGACGCAUAUACAACUUAGAAAUGGUUCCAUCUAUGUAAUUCAAUCCAAAUGGCAAGAAAUACUCAAUAGCAUGCCAAAACUGACCAAUCAAAUGAAAGAUACGUUUAAUUUAAUGAAAAGUACAUUUGAAACGUAUAAUAUCACCUACAUUGGUUUUUUUCUCGAUAAAAUUAUCAAUCAAAAACGAAAGAUAAAAAAAGUCUUUCAAAGUGACAUCAUUGAUUUCGCUGAAAACAGUUGCCGUAGUACACGAGAACAAUUGCUUAUUCAGACACUUGGCUGUCAAGCUCAAUGCCCUGGCUGUAAGCGUUUAUGUGAUAUUGAUCAUCGGUUGCACAAUGCUACACCAGUCGGACAAGGAGAAAAUAGACAUCGAUGCCAAUCAGGUCAUCAAAUUCAAGCUCUCGGAGGUGUUCGCUACGCAAAAGGCAACGAACUGAUUAUAGUAUCUUGUGAGCAAAUGAAAGAUGAGGAAUUUUCAAUAGCUGAUCAAAAUUCUUCGCCGAUAUGUUGGAAAGACUUUAAAAAUAUUCAUUUAGAUUGGGAUUUUGCUGAAUCAAACUUGAAACGUCAUCAAAUUGAUGUUUCUACUUAUAUAUGGAAUAGAAUCAGUAACCAACUAUGUCAAUAUUAUAGAAACGAUAUGGAAUUCAUUAUGCCGAACUAUGAAUUAGUUCCGGAUCAUUUUAUUCUUCUAUUCGGAUAUUCGGAUCAUUCGAAUAUAGCCAAUGAUGGGCUUUCGGGAUGGAUCUUUCGAAGAGUUGAAAGAUUAUUGUUUAGUACAGAGACUGAUGUUGAUCAAGAUCGACCGACCCUACGAAGUUAUUUACCAAAGGUCAUUGACGAAUUUAUUCGUAUUCGCAUUAAGAAAAAACGAUUUGUUACUGAUCGAAUGACAUUGAUUGUUGGCGGUCCAAACGCAAUAUGUCUGAAUCGAGUAACACGAUUAGAUGAAAUAAAUUCUACUCAAAUAAACGAUUCGAUUUCAAAUUGUAAAAAGCCAAUCGAUUUUUUGGCUGCAUUUAUGAACAUCAACGAUGUGCUAGCAUCCAUCCAGGCGGAUUCAAAGUUGAAAGGGCUAAAACAUACAAUCAUCCUCAUGAUGGAGGGAAAACCUGAUAAAUUUCCAUUCAAUGAGUUAAGAAAAUUAUCGAACAACUAUUAUUCGACAAUCAAUCAUUUUUGGACAAUCAUGCUAGGCAAAGACGAUCUGGAAACUCCAAAGCAAAUCAAUGAGAUUAUGAACGGAACAGUGUUGAAUAUCAACGAACCGAAAGAUUUAUUUGACGUUUACUUGAAAAUCGCUAAUCAAGAUGCCGAUAAAUCUGAUCCAUGCAAUACAACAUCAUUGAUGCAAUCUACAUCUACCCUAGAUAUAUGGAAAGAAAAGUAA